GCGGGACCGGCCUGUCCAGGGGCAGCACCGGAUUUUCAGAACCCAAAGCAGUGGUAACUUAACUGUUUCACUCCUGGCAUCAUCAGGAAUAAAUCAAUGGGAACACAGCGCUUCUGGCAGAUGACAGAUUGAUACAACUAGUGACCGUGGAUUCCGAGGCGGGGGUAAUCUCAUCAGCUACACCUGAGGAUUCUGCGGAUGGGGAAGAGGAGGAGGAGGAGGAGGAGGACGAGCUUGCAGAGAGCACCCAGCACUCCGUUCUCCCCAACAGCCAGGAUCUUUUUCUCAGCCUGACUGAAGUACCCUCCCAACCCUCCCAAGCCAGUAUCCAAGACCAUGACCCCAUGGAAAGGACCUCAGGUCUUCCAGAGGGAGAACCAAUUGGAUACUAGACUAACAAAAAAAGUAGUAACCAGACUCCAGUGACCUGUUUAACCCUGAAUGUGAGGGAUGAAAAGCAGCAGCCUUCUUGAAUGGGACAGUGCUUCAGUAGUCUUGGUAAUGCACAGAUAAGAUGGCUGAACAAAGGCAACGGGCUUUAUCCACAUCAGGAGAAGCAUUAUAUGAAAUUCUGGCUCUGGAGAAGGGGGCAACACAUGAAGAAAUUAAGAAAUCUUACAGAAAAUUGGCUCUGAAAUAUCAUCCUGACAAGAAUCCUGACAAUCCAGAGGCUGCUGAAAAAUUUAAAGAGAUCAACAAUGCUCAUGCGAUACUGACUGACCUGUCCAAGAGAAACAUAUACGAUAAGUAUGGAUCAUUAGGGCUAUAUGUGGCGGAACAAUUUGGAGAAGAAAAUGUUAAUGCAUACUUCAUGCUUUCAAGCUGGUGGGCAAAGGCCCUGUUUGCAGUUUGUGGCCUCUUGACAGGCUGCUACUUUUGCUGCUGCCUGUGCUGCUGUUUCAAUUGCUGUUGUGGACAGUGUAAACCCAAGCCACCAGGAGGGGAAGAACAUGAGUUCUGCAUGUCUCCUGAGGAUUUGGAAGAGCAAAUUAAGACAGACAUGGAACAAGAUGGAGAAACUCCAAUCAUACUUCAGCCGACAAAUGCAAAUGAGAAAACUCAACUAAUCGGAGAUGGCCAUCGCAGCUAUCACACAGACUCAUAAAGCAAGAGCAAGUACACUCUGACUGCAGUUCGCUCUCUAAGUAGGAACGCCACAAAGAGGGUUCAGAAAAGCUAAUUGAA